AUGGAACCCACAAAGGGUGACCAGGAAGCGAACGUGCAAAGCGAUAUGGACGGCUCGUCAUCUUCCUCUGCUAAGGUCGAAACGAGACCGGGUUUGAGCACAGAAAAGCUGCACGAUAUCGGCGCAUGGCACUGGGACGAUGAUCCCAAUAAUCCUUACAACUGGAACACAAGACGAAAGGCUCUACAGGUUCUCAUGAUAGCCUCCGCAGCUUUCACAACCUCUGUUGGUUUGUCUAUUUUGUCGCCUGCCCAUUCUGAGUUCAUGGAGGAAUUUGGAGUCAGUAGCACGGUUGCUAUCCUCCCCUUGUCACUCUAUGUGCUCGCUCUAGGCCUUGGACCUGUGGUCGGCGGCCCGCUCUCCGAGACAGUGGGAAGAUAUCCAGUCUACAUUGGAACCAUUUCACUCGGCACCUUAUUUACCCUCGGCGCUGGACUUAGUCCAACUUUUGCCGGACUAUGCGUCUUGCGCUUUCUAGCAGGUUUUUGCUACGCGCCUUCAUUGUCUAUCGCCGCCGGGACCAUCAAUGAAACAUUUAGACCGGUGAACCGCGCCAUACCCUCCACAAUAUUUAUUUUGACACCUUUCCUGGGACCUGGCUUAGGGCCUGUUAUCGGAAGCUUUGUUGUGAACCGGAAGGGUUGGCGCUGGACCCAGUGGACAAUAAUUUUCUUCGCUAUCUUUACGUUGCUUACUAUUGCCAUUGCAAGGGAAACGUUUCAUCCUGUGAUCAAACGUCGUCGAGCCAAAGAGCUAGGUGAAAAUCUUCCAGCAUCACCGCCACUCUCUGCCAAAGUGCGACUUUUUGUGACGAUCGCCCUUCUGAGGCCGAUUCAUAUGCUUUUGACCGAACCUAUCGUUACAUUCAUCUGCCUCUACGUUGCGUGCGAAUUCGCAACACUCUUCUCUUUCUUCGCUGCUAUUCCGCUUAUCUUUCACGGUGUCUAUGGAUUCGGAAUCGAGGACUCUGGCCUGGUAUUCCUCUCUAUCGUUGUCGGCUGCCUGUUAGGGGCUGUGACAGUACUGCUGUGCGAUAUUCUGCUAUAUCGUCGACAGAUUCCAAAGCAUGCCGGUCGGCAAGUGCCGCCUGAGUAUCGACUAUAUCCAGCUCUGGUAGGGAGUGUCGGCCUGCCUAUUGGUCUAUUCUGGUUUGCAUGGACUGCUAGAAGAGAUAUUUCUUGGGCGAGUCCCACAGUCGCAAUCAUGGUUUUUGCGUGGGGAAAUCUGUGUGUGUUUGUCAGCACAGCACAGUAUUUAGUCGAUACCUAUCAUGGCCUUACUGUUGCAAGUGCCAUGAGUGCAAACGGCCUCGCGAGAUACGGGCUAGCUGCUGCGUUUCCUCUGUUCACAAUCCAGAUGUACACGCGCCUUGGCACCGGGUGGGCAUCAAGCCUGCUUGGCUUUAUUGCGAUUGCGCUUCUACCAGUCCCGUGGAUCUUUUUCAAAGCAGGAAAGAAGCUGCGCGGCCUGAGUAAAUACGAAACCGCUGAACAGCAUUCUUGA